AUGUUAUUAUAGCAAACUCCAUUAAUUAAUGAUAAAAAGAAUAGUCCAAGGCAUGAUCAACAGGAAUAUUCUAAAAUGAUGGAUACAAGAAAUAACGACGAUUCUCGGGAGCAUGCCUUGAGAAUCGAACAAAAUAGACCAAAACCACUCAAUAUUAAAGCUACACGCCAACAAAGAUACCAUGAUGUUUUAAAUGAUACAGUAGAGACCAAAAGUCCUGCAAAGAAAAAGUAAACUUUUCAGGAAAUUUAAAGCUCUCCUCUAAAGCGAAAAAGAACAAUAGCUUCGAUUGUGGGUACUGGUAUUAGAUAGAAGAUAGAAGACUAAAUAGAGGACUAAGAAUAAGAAAAGGAGUAUGUGCCUACAAUGAAAGAGAAAUUCUUAAAAAGCUAGCAAGUUAUUCUGGCAUUCGAACCAGAUUAGAAUGAUGGUUACUCAGCUUGGGAGAGAAUCAUUGACGUUUGCUUUGGUCUGGAUAUUGCUUUCAAUAUGAGGACAAGUUAUAUUAAUGAGAAAACUGGCUUUGAAAUUGCUGGAAAUCGUCCAGUUGCUUUAAAUUACAUUAAAUCUGGGAGAUUUUUUGUUGAUCUAGCUGCCUCAAUCCCUUUUGAAUUAGUUAUUGAAGGUACAGAUCCAGGAGCCUCAAAUAAAUAACUUAAGCUCUUUGGCUUACUUAAACUUGUAAGACUGCUAAGACUUGGAAGAAUAAUCAGGUAUAUGAAACUUAAAUAAGGCUUUAAAAUGGGAAUGAGACUGAUUUAGCUAUUACUUGGGCAACUUUUAUUAGUUCAUUGGAUAGCUUGUAUAUGGUAUUUGAUAAUCAGACAAUAUGGCGACUGGAUUCCUCCAAAAGACAUUGCUUUAUCUAAUCCAGGUGAUGAUACCUCUGAAUUGACUGCUUUUUACUAUUUAUAAAUGAUGAGUCAAUACUUUGUAGUGUACUAUUAUGCUGUAUUAACAAUGGCUGGAGCAAUAUUAUCUGCUUUUAUAUUUGGUAAUAUGGCAGCUAUAAUGGCUGCAAUCAAUAAAAAAGCAAACUAAUUUGACGAAUAAAUGGAUUUAGUAAAUACCACUAUGAGAUAAAUGAAACUAUCACCAAAAAUGUAAGAUAAAGUGCUGAGUUUCAUGAUGCAUAUCUAAUAUUCUCCUGAUUUGCAUUAAGAUAUUGACAAAUUUUUUAUGAUCUUAAAUGAACCUCUUAAAAAAUAAAUACUGUAUCAUCUCCAUGGACCUUUGAUAAAGAAAGUUCCAAUCAUGAAUAAAUCUAGUAGUGUAGAGUAAAGCUUUUUCAUAAGCAAUUUGAAGCCAGUUUUAUUCCUCCCUGGGGAUUACAUAGCAAGAGAAGGUGAGAAAGGUGACAACAUUUACUUCAUUAAUAAAGGUGAGGUCCAAGUAUAGCUUAAUAAAGAAAUCUAGGCUACAAAAAAUUUGGAUCAAGAAGCAUAAAAUGAAAAGAAUAGUUAAGAAUAAGAAAGUGAUAUUGAUGAAGAAGAGAAAUUUUUGGCUACAUAUAGAAUUUUAAAAGAAGGCCAGUUUUUUGGAGAGGUUGCCUUGCUAACAAAACUAAAGAGAACUGCUUCUCUUAAGUCAUCUGAAUUUACAAAUUGUGCAUACAUGAAUAAAGAUGACUUAAAAACUAUGGAGCAUUACUAUCCACAUAUAGUCCAAUAGUUUAAAGAUAAAAUCAGGGAAUACUCCGAUCCUAAAAUGCACUUUAGAAGGUUGAUGAUUAAAAAUCUUCACUUCCUUAGAAAUAUGAGUGAUGAAAUUGUUAAUGAAAUUAUUUGCUGCUUAGAGGUGAAAAGAUUUUCAGCUGGAUCUGACAUCAUUAAGAUAGGAGACGUUAGUAAUGGGUCAGCCUUUUGCGCUUACACCUUCAUUUCAGAUGAAGCUUAGCAGCUUUAGACAUUUAGAGCAGACAGUGAUUGUAUUUUGGAGUCAAUAUCAAGAGAGGAUAUAUUUAGACUAGCAAAAAAAUACUAUUUGUUAGCAGAUUAGCUAGAUGUUAUUAGAGAAAAAUUUGAUGAAAAUGAAAUUGAUUUUGAUUUCUUUAGAUACAGACCUCCAAGGAAAGAAUAUUCAGAUCAGCUGAAAAGUCUUUUAAGAAAGAAAUUUAGAGUGGCACUUUGCAGAUUUUAUCAAAGACUGAGAGAUGGAUUAUAGCCUAUUCCAGAGGCCUUAACAAUUAUCAAAGAAGUACAGGCUAAAAGGGCAUAGAAAAUUGAAGAAAUAAAUAAGUUGAGAACAUAGUCUCUAGGAAUAAAUUAUGGUGGAGGCUAUGGAGAAAUGCAUAAGUUUCACUUCUCGUAAAUGUCUGGUUCAAUAGUAAAUGGCAUGAGAAAUGAAUCAAUAAAUAAUAAGCAGAAUGACUAAUUAAAAUAGCAAAGUCAGUUACUCACUCAAAGUGUCCUAAUAGCAUAAGAAAAUCUUAAAAAGCAAAAUAUUUAGUUACUUGAUAUGAUUGAUGGAUUCAAUGAUAAAUAUGGAAUUUUAAAGGACAAGUUGGCCUAAUUAGAAAAUGAUUUAGUAGCUGAGGACAUUGAUUAAUAGUUGGCUUAAAUAGUUCAACAAAAGACUGAUGAAAGCCCUCUUGUAUAUGAAAAUAAGAUUUCCUAGUGA